AUGAAUGUCUUCUCAGUACUAUGGACGGUAUGUUUGGUAGGAGUCUGCCGCUGUGGAGGUGAUAGUGACGCCAAAGGAGCAUUAAAGGGAGGAGAGAAACGGAAUCCUUCGGAAUCUACAGACCCUGAAAACUCCUUGGUUUCCAAAGUAGACACUUCCUUAUUUGAUGUAGAGAGCUCUUUUGAGGACAAUGUGAAGGUUCUUAAGCUCAAGGCUAAGGAAGGUGUUACUGCCAACAAGCUCAGAUUUGAUGGUCAGACAUUUUGGACAUGUCAGGGUCCCAGUGAUGCAUGUUUGUCAGCCAUCUUAUACUUUGGAGAAAGCGGACCCAUAGCUGCUACAUACAGCGUUAAGGGAAGAAAGGUAUUCGAAGGCUACCGUAAAUUUGCGGAUGGAACAUGGACUUCAGUAAAUAAGGAAGGUUUUAAUGAGUUACUUGAAGAACUCAAAAAAGACUUAGGAGAUGCUAAAAAGUCUGAUGAGGAUAAGGCAAAACAUCUCCCUGAAGUAAAUGAAUCUAAGGAGAAAACAACUGCUAAACAAAAAGAAUAUCCUGAAGAUAUAUCUCAAGAACAUGGAAAUGAAAUAGGAAAAGAGAAUCAUGACUUAUCUGAUGAUACACAUAAAGAGAAUCCCACUACUCCACUUCAACCAACAGUAGCACCUCCUAGUGGACAAACCGCUAACUCUGAUCAAAAGACUACUGAAUCUGCCAAAAGGGGACAAGGAGUUAAGGUUAAACCCGUAGAGUCUCCCGUUCCUACACCUAAGGAGGAAGUCUCUCCACAAGAUAAUGGAACCAGUAAACCUGUUACUGAUGAAUCUCAAGUUACUGCUACUCCCAUUACUUUAGACCUUACCAAACCUGAUGAGACAAAGUUAGAUGUGCAUACAGAAACAGAAUCCGGAGUAUCCUUCAAGGGGUAUAGUUCAAAAGAUGCCUUCCAUAUAUCCUCCGUUGUAGAAGGUCGGACCUCUGUAUGGAGAGCUUCUGGAGAUGAAAAGUGUGUAUUAGCAAAAUUAUCGUCCAAGGGAGAUUCAUCUCUACUUUUAAUAUCUCUUGAAAGUGGUUAUGUGUACUUUGAAAAGAAUGGCAGUAACUGGAAGGAGAUAAAGCAGGAUGAAUUUAAUGGUAAGCUUGCGACACUUAUGGGAGAAACUUUAGACCUUUCUAACCCGGAUACCUCCAAGAUACUUGUGCAUACAGAAACAAAAUCAGAGGUAACUGUUAAGUACCAUUAUCCAAAGGAUACUUCCAAGGAUGACUUCCAUAUAUCCUCAGUUAUGGAUGGUGAAGUUGAAGUCUGGACAUGUGGAACUGGAGAAACUUCUGGGCUUGUAAACUCUUACACAAAAGGUUCUUCGCUCCUUCUCAUAGGUGUAGAUAAAGGUGAUGACUUGGAGCAUAAGUAUUUCGGGAAAGUUGAUGGAAAAUGGAGGGAGGUUACACUGAAAGAAUUUUUAAAGGAGUUUUAUGAAAUGAAGGGACUUCCUAAAGCUUCCAAAUAG